AUAUUUUCCUCUGUUUGUGUUAACCAGUUUCUUGUUCAUCCAAGCACUGAUUUUGUUUCUUGUGGACACUUAGCCAUCUAUUAUGCUAUGUAUAGCCUAUUUUUAAAUACAAAAGUCCUCUUAGAGCAUUUACUACAUUUGAUAGCCGUAGGCUAGCUAAUUUUUUUGCUAGUUGUAAAGAAUAUGUAUUGUUAGACAUAAUAAUUUGGAAGAAAAUAAACUGUGUGCGUUUAUGGGUGGAAGUAGGUCACACUGAAGCCAUAUAAGCUUAUCUAAUCCCCUGAAAUUUGGCAGAGAUUUUAGCUUGCAGCCAGGAAUGGCAUUUUGUGUGUAUCUGAGCUUGCAUGUUUGCAUUUUCAAGUGUAUUACACACGUUUGUUGGUUCGUACUAACUGUUGUGUAGCCAAGAAUGUUGUGUAGGCCACAGAUAGUUGGUUAUCCACUUCUCUGACCAAAACAUUUCUAAAUGAGUGUGUGUGUGUGUGUGUGUGUGUGUGUGUGUGUGCGCUUACCAAUACAGUUGAAUAAACACGCACAUCCAAACAAACCCCUGCACACAUUGCCGUCUCUAUGCCCUAUAAUCCACCUGUCUUUUUCUAGAAAGCACUGACUCAAUUUUUGGAUCUGAUUUUCAUGACAAAGCGAAUGUCCUCUUUACAGAGAGAUGUCUGGGUAUAAAAGACCUGGAGUGGGGCGGGCCUGAACCAGCACAGCUCCGCACCUCUACCCCCUCCACAGGCGCCGCUACCAGCCGAACCUCUGCAGAAUGGGCCGGGUGAGUACGAAGAUAAUCUUCUACGAGGACAAGAACUUCCAGGGCCGUCGGUACGAGUGCGACAGCAACUGUUCGGACUUCCAUGUCUACCUGAACCGGUGUAACUCCAUCCGUGUGGAGAGCGGGGCUUGGGUGGUCUUCGAGAGGCCCAACUUCAUCGGCUACCAGUAUGUUCUGACCCGGGGCGAGUAUCCAGAUUACCAACGCUGGAUGGGUCUGAACGACCGCCUCUGCUCCUGCAAGAUGAUCCACUUUGUAAGCGGUUCUGAGUACAAGAUCCAACUCUAUGACAAGGGAGAUUUCGCCGGCCAAGUACACGAGACCGCCGAGGACUGUCCAUCCGUGGUGGACCACUUCCGUACACGCGAGGUUCACUCCUGUAAGGUGCUGGAUGGGAUCUGGAUCUUCUACGAGCACCCAAACUACAGGGGGCGCCAGUACCUACUUGAGAAGGGGGAGUAUCGUAAGCCCGUGGACUGGGGCGCCGUCUGCCCCACGGUUCAGUCCUUCAAACGCCUGACGGAGUGACGUCUGACCUUUAAAUCCAUCCAUCUUGCAGUCCUUCACCUGCCCAACCACAACAGCCUCGACACACCUGUGCUAAAUUAAUAAAUGCGUGGUUGCAA